AUGCCACACUUCCUGCUGCUCUCCAUUUCUCGUCCUGCCAGAAACAGCAACUAGGAGGAGGAGGAGUCCUAGGCGAGGCGUUUGCCCUGCCUGCUGACCGGGGCUGGGCAUGCAACAGGCGGGAGUACAACCUGUUUAACACACCCCUGGGUUCCCGGACUGCGCCGCUGGCCCCCUUCUCCCCUUCAUUUUAGCGUGGAAGAAAAAGGGGGGAAAGGAGGCUCCGGAGGAAAGGCGCCAGAUUCCGCAGGCUGUUUGCUCGCCCCUUCGGUCUCCUGGGCAAAGCGUCCAGAUCCGACGUGUCAGCAAGAACGUCUGGCCAGCGCUUUCGCUGCGAAGCGAGCCUACGCGAUUUCCCCAUCGCCUCUCUCUCUCCCUCUCUCUCUCUCCAGCGCCAGGCAAUGCCCGCCGUCGACAAACUUCGCCUAGAAGACGCUCUGCAAGAUAGUCCGCAGACCCGCUCGUUACUGAGCGUAUUUGAAGAAGAUGCAGGAACACUCACAGAGUACACCAACCAACUGCUUCAAGCAAUGCAGAGAGUUUAUGGGGCACAGAAUGAAAUGUGCCUGGCAACACAACAGCUUUCCAAGCAUCUUCUUGCCUAUGAAAAACAG